AACCGGUCCGAAUCGUUCCCAAGUAACUCCCUGUUGAAAAGUUUGUAAUUUUGUUUUUUAAACGCCUGAUAUGGAUCAUCUGAACGAUACAAUUCCUGCCAUAUUCCCAAUGGCUCGGAUAAGUGAUAUGCCCAACAUGUUGGGCUGGAAUCUUCCAUCGGAUCAACAGCACUUGGUACACGAUCACUGGAAGCAUUUUCCGGAUCCACCGUACUACAUGCACCUGCUUCUGGCCCUUAUCUAUUUCGUUUUGAUGAACGUAUCCCUGAUUGGAAAUGGAAUCGUUGUGUGGAUAUUUACUACUUCUAAAUCCCUACGAAACGGUUCGAACAUGUUUGUAGUAAACCUUGCAAUAUUUGAUUUACUGAUGAUGUGCGAAAUGCCCAUGUUCCUAGUGAACUCAUUCUCAGGACGACUGAUCGGCUACGAAACAGGAUGUGCCAUCUACGCCGCAUUGGGAAGCCUCUCCGGAAUUGGUGGAUCUAUCACUAAUGCAGUUAUCGCUUAUGAUAGGUACCGUACCAUCUCAAACCCGUUGGAAGGCCGCUUAAACAGAGCGCAGGCAGCGAUUCUUGUCGUGUGUACGUGGAUGUGGGCUAUGCCGUUCACAUUGCUGCCAAUGUUCAAAAUUUGGGGCCGAUAUAUACCGGAAGGAUAUCUUACGACUUGUUCAUUCGACUAUCUAACUGAUGACUCGGACACUCGUGUUUUUGUCGGAUGCAUAUUUGCAUGGGCUUAUGCCAUUCCGAUGUUCAUCAUUUGUUUCUUCUAUACACAGUUGUUCGGACAUGUGAGGCAACACGAGGCCAUGCUGAAAAAUCAAGCCCGUAAGAUGAACGUCGAAUCGCUGGCAGCGAACCGAAACGAAAAGGCUCAAUCCGUAGAAAUUCGGAUUGCGAAGGCUGCUUUCACUAUAUUCUUCCUAUUCGUCUGCGCUUGGACUCCGUAUGCCAUCGUCGCAAUGAUAGGUGCUUUUGGUGAUAGAACUUUGCUUACACCAUUUUUCACCAUGAUACCGGCAGUUUGCUGUAAAAUCGUAUCUUGUUUGGACCCGUGGGUUUACGCAAUCAGUCAUCCACGGUACCGACAGGAAUUGGAGCGGCGUCUUCCAUGGCUUGGAAUCAAAGAAGCAGCGGACAACAUUAGUACAACAGAAAGCAAACAAACAACGGUUGUGGCAGCAACGGGCGAAUAAGAAAAGGAAUUUUGUGUUCCAUAAAUCAUGGGAAACGUUUCCCUUAUGAAGAAAGACGAAGCAAUGUGUUAUGGAAAAUGCGAACGGAACUUAGUAAGUUCCAUGGUUACCUAAUAUACGUAUCAUUGCAAACCUAAGAACUUUUAGUUGAUUUUAGGUAAUAGGAUCCAUGGUUGUUACUAAGAUGUAGUUAUAAAUGUUAGACAACAAAUAUUGUUUAGUAAAAUUUCCAGCAACGAAGAAAAUAUUAAAAAAAAAUAAAGAGAAGAAUGUUAAAGCAGUGAUUUUGAGUCUUCUAUAUUAUUUAGUAAAUAAUCAUCUUGGUUUGUCAAACAACUAUGCGUGCGGACAAAUGUUGCAUCAACUUGUCUAUAUGUAGCUGGAGCCUAAUGAUAGAAAAUCAGCAAGAAUACGAAGUACAUGCUAAGUACGAAAAUGCCCUUUCUACAGAUUCAUAGACUGGUCAAUGUGGUCGCUUAUCGAUUUCAAGCGCAUAACAAUCUAAGUGAUAGUAGAUCCCGACGAAAGAGCCGCCGCACGACAUAUUUAGGUGUAAAACGGAAAUGUCCGCUUCCAGGAGAUCCCCGGGAGCAUCUUGCAGGAGUGGCUUCUUUGCUCGGAAACUGUUGCAGGGACUAUACAUUCCUGUAUCAUGAGCUUCUACGAAGAAUUAGCCAUCGAAAGACAUAUGUGGAGCUAUUUUUAUACUGACAUAUAUGACCGACAAGGUAAACUUUGUAAUUCGACGUUUCUUUAAGUAUUUAUUUUAAAGCCACACGCGCAAAGUUGUUCAUGGCCGACUGGAGAUUCCGGUGGGUGGGUUCGCGAAAAUUGU